CCGCAGUUCGCACUCCACCUCCAGCUCAAUUGCAUCCACCAUAAACAAAAUAUUCAGCUGUCAGCAUUUAGCCACGCUUCUACAUCUGGGACCCCUCACAAACUGUCUAACCACUGCGCGCACAAUUCCGAGGAAGAGGAGAACUCGACUCAGACAAGAUGCCAUACCUUCCCACAAGCCAGGCCUUCCUGGAACAAUCCGCUCUACUGCUCGAAGCAUAUCCAGAGACUACCCGCAUCACAACAAAAUACGGCUUCCCCUCACAACGACCUUCAGCACAGAAAAAGCCCUCCUCGACACCAAACCCCGAGACGACCGACUCCCCAGCCUCAACUGCCGCCACCCCCGUCGCAGUCCUCACCCUGAAAACAUACAACCCAACCGCAGGCAUCUGUCUGAAAUACCGCACGAAUAAAGCCGCGGAGGUCGGCCGACUGGUGACCAGUCUGGGGAAGUUGGCGGGCGGUGCGAACGCCGCGGGACUGGGGCUCUCGGCUCCGGCGCCGACGACGACUGCUUCUGGUGCUGCGGAUGUGGAGAUGACGGAUGCUCCGGCGGUGGUCGAGGAGGCUGCGAGUGCGAAUGCGAGCAAGACAGAUACGGGUGGCAAGGGUGGGAAAUCGAAGAAGAAAGGCGGGAAGGGGAAGAGGUGAUGAGUAGCGGAGUGGACGAGCGUAUUUGAACGAGGAAUGAAGGGUGUCCGUCACCAGAUACUGCACGGAUGAUGACUACUGUGGCACUCCAAGUGGUGCUGCUUACUGUUUCAUCUCUGAUCGGUCGAUCUGAGAGGUGAUGUAGACUGUCAGAGCAGCUGUGAUGAUGAGAGCAGCUUGUUCCGGUUUCGUACGUGUUAACUGAGACUCCGUCGAGGCGCACCAGCAGGGUUACAACCGACAGCACUCGAGGAAAAUCGAAGACAGAGGGUCCAUGACUUGCAUAACGAAGCGGAUCUGGGGCAUGUGUGAAUCAUUCAUUAUCAGUAGACUACAUAUUCCAUGAAGGUUGGGUCCAAGUCAGUCGAAGAACUAUUCAAAAAAAGAUCUAUCAAAAUAUCCAAGUG